AUGGAACAGCCAGGCACGAGUAAAGUAGUUCCUCUCAAUGACUUGAACUAUACUGUGAUAAAUCGGCUCCUGAAUGAUGAACUCAGUGAUAUUAGUGGUUCAGAGGAUGAGGACGUUAUGGAUGAUUCUGAUGCUGAUCCAGAUUUUGUUCUGUGUGAAAAUGAUGUAGCGUCAGAGGAAGACACAGAAAAUGAAGAAUUUGAUGAGGGUGAGGAUGACGUUGAAUCAGCUGUAGAUGAUUGUGAGGCUGCUGCAACAAUAGACAGAUCUCUUCCACCUUAUGUAUUUGGUAGACUGAAGAAAAACGAAUCUGGACCACCAUUCCCAUGGUUUACCAAAUCCCCCAACAAUCAACGUGUGCGUACACCUGCACACAAUAUUAUUAGAGGAGGUUUACCAGGACUCACAGCUGAGUCAAGAAGGUCGGGGAGGCCAUUUUUCCUAGCAACUAUGACUUACAAACGGUUUGAGGUUUUACUAAGAUGUCUGCGGUUUGAUAACAGUGCUACUAGAGCUGAACGAAAAAAAUUGGAUAAAGCAGCUCCCAUAUCCGAAGUCUUCAGUAAAGUAAUUGAAAAUUCUAAGAAAUGUUACUGUCUAUCUGAGCAUGCCACAAUCGACAAAAUGUUGAUUUUAUUUAGGGGCAGGUGUGGCUUCCGCAUGUAUAUGCCUAAGAAGCCUCACAAAUAUGGCAUAAAAGUUAUGUGUCUUGCAGAUGCAAAGACUUCCUACUUAUUUGAUGCUUACAUAUACACAGGAGAAAACAGUGAUGGUGUUGGGCUUACUGCAUCAGAACAAACACUCAGCAAGCCAACACAAUCAGUUAUUCGGCUGACAAAAAGCAUACAGAAAACCAACAGAAAUAUAACUGCCGACAACUGGUUUACUAGUAUAGAAGUAGAAGAAGAGCUUCACAAAAGAGGACUUACUUAUGUAGGGACAUUGAAGAAGGACAAGAAGAUUAUCCCAACUGAGUUCCUUCCUAGCAGUGAUCGUACCAUAAACUCUUCCAGGUUUGGGUUCAAAGAUAAUUACACACUGGUCUCAAUGGUGCCCAAAAAAAACAGAGCAGUUCUGUUGCUGUCAACAAUGCAUCACAAUAGGGAAAUAAAUCAAGAAAAGUCUAAGCCGGAAAUAGUGUGUUUCUACAAUUCGACGAAAGCAGGAGUAGACUUACUUGAUAUGAAGUGUGCAAUCUACUCAUCUAACAAGCGUACAAGAAGGUGGCCUAUGGCUGUCUUCUAUAGGUUGAUUAGUGUGGCCAGUGUGAACGCUUUCAUAUUGUACAUGUGCUACUCUGGCAGCGAAAUGAUGACCAGGUUCCAAUUUACAAAGGAGCUUGCUCAAUUGUUAGCACAGCCACAUCUACAGAAAAGACUUCGAAUACCACACCUGCGUCGAAAUGUCAAGGAGGAAAUUCGUAAGGCCCUUGGCUUGAACAACGAAAAAGGAAGACUUGAAGAAAAUCUGACUGAUAGAAUGGAAAAACGCAAGACUUGUGGGAAAUGUCCGGCAGUAAGGGAGAGGAAAACCCAAUACAAAUGCAUACAAUGUGAAAUUCCUGUCUGCUCAAGAAAACUUUGUGUAGAUUGUGCAAAGGAUUUGGCUUGA